UCAGUGGCAAACAGUUGAACCAAAAAAUCCCAUGAUCGCGCAUCAACCUUGAACUUCCACUCGAAAUUCCCGAAAUUGCAGUUCCGUAAAGAUGUUACAUCGUUUGUGGACACCCUCUGUGAUGUUUGGUGCUACCCAGAAUACCAUCCGGCUCUUUUCCGUGUCUGCCAUUAAUGCACAAAAGCGUCAAUGCAAAGUUCUCGUUGUCGGCGGGGGAUCUGGAGGAUGUUCCGUGGCGGCGAAACUCUCCUCCAAAUUCGGUCCCGGCAAGGUCAUGAUUCUGGAACCUUCUGAAACACACUAUUAUCAACCAAUGUUCACCCUUGUUGGUGGUGGGAUGAAGAAACUCGAGGAAUCUUGUGCCCCAAUGAAGGAGACCCUUCCCUCAUUGGCUACCUGGGUGCACGACAGUGUGGCUCAAUUCGAACCAGAAGCCAAUGCUGUUGUCACGAAGACUGGACAGCGGAUUGAGUAUGAACAACUCCUCAUUGCAAUUGGUCUGGAAUUGCGGUAUGAUCGUGUACCUGGACUUGUGGAAGCUCUCGCCAUGCCAGAUGGGGGUGUCUGCUCAAAUUACUCCCCGAAAUACGUGAAUCGCACCCUGGAGGCACUUCAGAAGUUCCAACGGGGCAAUGCAAUCUUCACAUUCCCAAAUUCCCCCGUUAAAUGCCCCGGAGCCCCCCAAAAAAUUGCCUACAUUGCUGAGCACUACCUACGGAGGAAUAAGAAGCGCCAGGAAGCAAAUAUAAUCUACAAUACAUCCCUCCCUGUGAUUUUUGGUGUUAAACACUAUGCGGAUGCUUUGUGGAAAGUAGCUGAGAAGCGUGGGAUUAAGGUGAAUCUUCGCACGAAUCUCAAGCAAGUCCUUCCGGAGAAGAAUCAGGCUGUCUUUGAGAAUCUUGAUAAACCCGGAGAGGAGCAUACAAUUGAGUAUUCUUUGCUUCACGUAACACCCCCAAUGGCCACACCGGAAGUCCUAUCAUCGUGCCAGGGUCUAGCAAAUGCCGCAGGAUUCGUUGAUGUGAACAAGGACACGCUACAACACGUAAAGUACUCAAAUAUCUUUGCCAUUGGUGAUUGCUCUUCGUCACCCAAUUCCAAGACAGCUGCUUCUGCUGCUGCCCAAGCACCGGUUGUGUACAAAAAUAUGCUAGCUGUGAUGCAGGGAAUGACCCCAAGUGCCUCAUACAAUGGUUACGCUUCCUGCCCCCUCGUCACAGGCUACUACUCGUGCAUCCUCGCUGAAUUUGACUACAAUCUCCAACCUCUGGAGACAUUCCCCGUGCCUCAGAACAAGGAGCGCCUGUCAAUGUUUCUCUUGAAGAAGCACUUCAUGCCACCCCUCUACUGGCACGCCAUGCUCAAUGGGAUGUGGAAUGGACCUGGAAUUGUACGUAAACUCCUCGAGCCCCUCCGGAAGGAAACACAGUGAAAAAUUGUAGUUUUUUUGCCUGUAUUUUUGCAAUGAAAAAUACAAAUUGGGACGCUUCCGCAAAAG